AUGAUUAAAAUAUAUGCAAGCAUAUUUGUCGUUCUUUUGAACAUAUGUUUCGUCUUAUCGCAUGUAAUAACAAUCGAGGUGAAAGGACGAUUAUUAUGUAAUGGAAAAGAACAUGGCAAAGUUGGCUUAGACGGCUGGCCUAAAAAAGUUUAUUUGUGGGAUAUGACAGAUGACGUACCAGUAACAAUGAUAAGUGGCUUGAAUUAUGUAAAUAACAGGAAGGGAAUUUUCUAUUUAAAAGGCGUAGAAGUGAAAGGAGUCCCAGUUGGUUUGCGCAUCUAUCACCACUGCUAUAAUAAACCAACGAAGGUAAAUUUUAUUAUUUCUAAUGAAAAUGUUAAUGAAAAGUUUUCUUCUAUGAAGGACUGCUAUAUGGUGAAUACAUUAGAAGUACCCGAACAGUACUUGAAUGAUGAAAGGUGGUUGGUUGAAUUGAACAACACGGAAGGAUAUCUAGAUCCGACAUGUUUGCCAUACUGA